ACCAAAGCCUUAUUGCUUCUAUUUCUGAAACAAAGAUAUGAGUACUUUCAAACUAAGCAGCCUGGCAUUGAUUGUGCUCAUUGCCUUUUCUAUUUGGUCUUCGAGCUUGUUGGAGACUUGUGAAGCUAGAAAAGGCAAGCAUCAUCAAUGGAGGAAAAACCGUGGGGUGAAAAGGGAUUAUGGCGGUCAUCAUCAACAUCAUCACCCUUCAGGCCACACUCUGUCGGCUUUGAAAAGUGACAAUUACAUCACACCAGAAGAUAUUGCUGUGAGUGCAGCACAGAAGAAUAGUGCCGUCUACAAUGUGUUGGACUACGGUGCUAAAGGAGAUGGAAAGGCAGAUGAUACAAAGGCAUUUUCAGCAGCAUGGGCAGCAGCGUGCAAAGUGCAAGCAUCAACCGUAACUGUUCCAUCUGGGUCUGUAUUCCUUGUCAAACCUAUCUCUUUCUCCGGCCCUAAUUGUCAAACAGACAUUGUAUUUCAGUUAGAUGGAAAAAUCAUAGCCCCGACAGGCGCGGGAGCGUGGGGUUCAGGCCUUCUACAAUGGCUUGAGUUCACAAAGCUUCAAAGACUUACCAUCAGAGGUAAAGGUGUGAUUGAUGGACAAGGUGCAGUUUGGUGGAAUGACUCGCCCACAUACGAUCCUACAGAUGAAACAGCAGACAACAGUACAGAAGAUUCGCAGACCGUAGACAGUUACAGUGGAAAAAUGCCAAGCACAAAACCAACAGCGCUUAGGUUCUAUGGAAGCAACGGUGUGACAGUCACUGGCAUAACAAUUCAAAACAGCCCUCAAACCCACCUCAAGUUUGACUCCUGCACUAAUGUACAAGUUUCUGCCGUAACUAUUUCAUCCCCCGGCAACAGCCCCAACACUGAUGGAAUCCACCUUCAAAACUCCCAGGAUGUGGUCAUUUCCGGCGCAAGCCUUGCUUGUGGAGAUGAUUGUAUAUCAAUACAAACUGGCUGCUCAAACGUAUUCAUACACAAUGUAAACUGUGGACCUGGACAUGGAGUCAGCAUUGGAGGGCUAGGAAAGGAUGGCACCAAAGCUUGUGUGUCAAACAUCACCGUCCGAGAUGUUAAAAUGCAAAAUACACUGAACGGAGUCAGAAUAAAGACCUGGCAGGGAGGAUCAGGGUCAGUAAGAAAUGUCAUGUUCGCAAACAUUCAAGUUUCAGAAGUCGAGUUCCCUAUCAUGAUUGAUCAAUACUACUGUGACAAGGGGCAUUGCGCAAACAAAACCUCAGCUGUGGCAGUUUCGGGUAUAAACUACGUAAACAUUCAAGGAACCUAUACAUCAAAACCUGCACAUUUUGCAUGCAGUGACAGCAUACCAUGUACUGGUGUAUCCCUAGACACCAUAGACCUAAAAUCGGUUCAAUCAGGGAGGCACUUGUAUGACCCUUUCUGUUGGGAGGCAUAUGGAGACCUCAAGACAAACACUGUCCCCCCAAUUGAUUGCUUGAUGAAAGGAAAGCCAUCUUCAAGCAGCAGCACAGUCCAGUCUCAAGGUGGUGGCUAUUCUUGCUAAGCUUAGCCCCUAUGUAAUGUAGCCUAGGGACUCAAUUAGUACAGAUUAUACUAUUAUAGACGCACCUUUAGGUAUUACCAGCAGCUAUGUCAAAUUUACUGCUGGGAACAUUUUGAUUCAUAUAUAAGUGUGGGGAAAUUAAUUAUCAUUGUUAGAAAAUGUGCUUAUUACCCCAUGAGAGUUGAAGUUAUGGUGAAAUAUCAUAAAUAUUUAGUUUUUCCA